GUAUAACUUUCAAAUACACUUACAAAUUUGCCUCAUAUCCCACAUCUUGUUUCCCAUAUCUCUUAUAAACAACUCAUAAGCCUUUUGUUUUUUUUGCUUUUUUUUUUCAUUUUAAAAAGUUUUUCGUUUAUCAAUAGUUGUUUUUUGUGAAAAAUAUAAAAAAAUAAGAGAAAUUAAACUAAGAAAACAUUUUUAAAAUGUUGAAUGACUUUUUCACAAAUCUACUUGUCAAUUUCAAGAAAAAAUUUCCUUGCGACAAAAUACUAGCAAGAAGAAUUCUCAAAUGUGUAAUUAAUAGCACAAUAUGUUUAAUUCUCUGUUUGAAUCCAACUGUUCGCUCAAAAUUGGGUGAUGAACCAUCAAUGCUUGCCUUAAUCUCAGUUAUGGUCCAUCCUGGAAGAAGAUUUGGUUCAAUGAUUGAAGGCAUAAUCUUUUGCACAAUUGGUUUGAUGUUUGGUAAUGCCUGGUCGAUAUUAGGCAGGUUUAUAGCCCAAAGAAUCAUUGGCUCCGAUUUCAAAGAUUUGUCUGAUGAUCAAUUGCUAUCCUCAAAUUAUACAAAUUAUCAACAAGCUUUAGUGGUUUUAUCUAUCUUUGAAAUCAUCAUGCUUUUCAUUCAUGGCUGGAUGAGAAGCGUCUUUCAUAAAUUAUUUGGUAUUGUUUUCCCUUUUUUCUUGGUUGUCCAUUUCACUUUCCUAUCCAAUUUAAAUAUCCCAGCUUUAACAAUGUUGAAGGAUUUCACUGUUCCAUUUUUUCUCGGAAUCUCAAUUGGUUUAGUUGUAAACAUUUUAAUCUUUCCUGAAUUUGGCUCAUCUUAUUUGGGCACCUCAACCAUAAAUUCACUAAAUAACUUGAAUUUUACAAUUGAUAACAUUAUUUAUUUUUUCCUUUUUUUACCAACAAGUAUUCAACAAAAUUAUGACAUUAAUAAUAAUCUAUACAUUGGCUCAAUCGACUCUCAAUCAAACUCUUUAAAUUCAUCCAAUUUAUCAAAUCUACUAUCUUUAAAUAACAAUUUCAAUAAAAAAUUAAAUGAAGUCAAUUUAGUACUCCAAGAUUCAAUUUAUGAAAUCUCUUACUCGUACAACUCCCCAUCAGAAAUUAAACCUUUAUUAAGUUAUUUAAAUAAUUUAUCAAAUUACAUUAAUACUUUAUUAAACUCCUGUCAAUUAGAAUUCUCAAUUUUUUUAAAUGCAAUAAACGACAAUCAAAACGUUGUUCCAAAUGACAAAAAAAACUCAAUUGAACCUUUAAUUGAUUUUUUAAAUCAAGUUAAAUCUCCAACUGCAAACUUACAUGCAAAAAUUAUCGAGGUUUUCCAUCUAAUUAAAAUCUCAAUCUCUUAUUCUUACGAUGUCAACCUUGAUUUAUCCACUUUUUCAAAUAUUUUAAAUAAAGACUUUAUCUCAAAUUUAAAUUUAAAGUACAAUUUUAAUGAUAAAAAAAAUAUUCAUAAUAUCGAUUUUGAAAACGAAAUUAAUGAACUACUAAGACUACUAGCUAUCUUUGAUCAAUCUUGGUCUUUAGCUUUGAAGUCCUUGAGGAUUCAUUCAAUUAAUCUGGUUGAAAAAAUUAACAUGCAAAAAAAUGACUGGUUAUUACCAAGAAAUGAGGCUUUUUUAUUAUCUUCUUUCUUACUUAAUUUUAAAGAAUUAACCAAUUCAAUUUGUUUCAUGCUAAGGGAAUCCAAGACUAUUUUAGAUAUAAGGUUAAAAAGAGAACAAAAAAAAUGGUUUUUUGGCAAAAAAAUUUGGUUAUCCUUUUUAACAAACAAAAAAAUCUUAAAAAAUUGGUUCAGUAUUCAUGACAAUCAUGUUCAAAUAAAUGAAAAUGCUAGUCUUGUUGGCGACAUUAGAGAAAGUGUAAAUGAAACUAUUCGAAGACGACCUAAAGAUCUAGAAGAAAAAUUAUUAUCGUCACUCAAAUCAAAAAGUUUUAAAGACUUUGAAUCACAAAAAAAAAUAAUCAAGUUACCCAUUUAUAAUUUAUCAAAUAAAAGUAAAACUAGUUUUCAUAUUAAUUCAGAUCAAAAACCUUCCUCAAUAGAUAAUUCAAAAUCUAUAUUAACAAUCCUCAGUGUCUUAUUAAUUAAAAAAUUUAAUAAUAAAUAUCAUCAUCACAUUUUGUUUGGAUUUCAAGUAGUCAUGGCAUUGAUGUUAGCCUCUUUUCCUAUGUUUAUUCCGGAGUCAAGACACUGGUAUGUUGAUAUUAAAGGAGCUUGGAUUGGGUUUGUUUGUAUUUUAACUUUAGAACCUUCAGUUGGUGGCACUUUUUUUGUUUUCUUUUUGAGAGGAGUUGGCUGUAUAUUAGGAGCCUUUUGGGGAUAUGUAUCCUAUGUUUCUGCAUAUAAUCAAAGAUACCCUGUGGUGGAGGUAAUUGUAACUAUUAUUGGCGCAAUUCCUGGAUUUUAUUAUUUUCUUGGAACUGCAUAUGUGAAGGCUGCAAUCAUUGGUGUUAUUUCAAUAUAUAUUGUUUUACUAUCAAGUGCUCUUCCAGGAUCAGAUGGAUCAAUUGAAAGAAAUUUUGGGUUAAGAUGUUUAGCAGUCGGUUAUGGUGGGAUCAUUGGAUUAAUUUCUAAUAUUGUAGUUUUCCCAGUUAUAGCUAAAAAUGAAAUGAUCGUUGAAUUGGCUUUUGCUAUUGGUGCAUGUGGAAAAUUGGAAUUGUUAUAUGCAUCGUCACUAGAAGGAGAAUAUACACCCAUUGCAUUAUCAGAUGAAAGAUUUGAAAAAUUUUCAAUAAUAUCUAAAGAGAUUAAAGAAUCGAUAUCUAGAGCAGAAUCAUAUAAAUCAGCAGCAAAGAGAGAGCCGGAUAAGGGAGAUUUUAAAAAAAAUGAAAAAGUGUUUACAGAGAUUAUUUUUGUGUUGAGGCAAAUUGUGUCUAGAAUGGAUAAUAUUACAAUGAUUAGAAGACAUUAUGGAUCUUCUAUUAUUGAAGGAAUCAAUGAUAUUGCAUAUCCAUAUAGAAGACAGAUUGUGGGAUCAAUCCACAAUUGUUAUAAGGCUGUUCAAUUGGCAUUAUUGACUAAACAACCAUUACCACAAUAUUUACCAAGUCCAAGAGUUGCACAUAGAAGACUUAUUAAAGUGGUCAGGGAAAAAUUAUUUAAAGAAUAUAAUAAAACAGUGUCAUCUAAGUCAAGUUCCAAUUCCAAUUCCAAUUCCAAUUUCGAUUCUGAUUCUGAUUCUGAUUCUGAUUCUGAUUCUGAUUCUGAUUCUGGUUCUGAUUCUGAUUCUGAUUCUGAUUCUGGUAAUUUACAUUUUGAAGUUAAUAAAAAGAAAAAUCCAAAUAGAAAGGGAAAUUCAAAUAGUUCAAGUGAUGAUAACAUUGGGCUAAGUAGAACAAUUGAAAAACUUAGUACAUUUCCAGGUAAUGAAGGUAUAAAUAUAUUAGAGCAGAAAUUUACUGGAUGGAGCGCUUCUAGUGCUGGAACUGUUGAAAUAAUUGAAUAUAUUGAAGAACUAAUUGAAUUAGCAAAAAUAUUAGUUGGCGUAAAUGAAUUUAAAUAUGGAUUCUUAAGUCGACCAUUAUAUGAAGAGUGGGCAAUUGAUACAAUUAUGAGUUACAAUAAUAAAUUUAAUAAUAUUGGGAACCUGGAGAAUUGUACACAAAAUGCAAGAAAACUGGAAAAGAAAUCAUUAGAGAACGAAAAAGGAAAGGAAAAGGAAGAAGAAGCAGAUGGAAUAAACAAUAGCGAUAAGAAAAUCGGAGAAGAAAAAGACGAUCAAGUGCAGUAUGGAAAUGAUAAAAAUGAAGCUAAGGAAUCAAGUAGCAGCCUGGAAGAUGAGCUGGAAAAAAACGAUAAGGUUGAUGAAGAUGAUGCGAACAUUCGAAGAUUUGAUGGGCCUGGAACUAGCCAUGCAGUCAAAGGAUUUAGAGACAGGAAAAUGAGUACUGCAUCAAUAAAUAGCGACUUCAGCACUGAUUUUGUGCAUCGUAUUUAUUCGAUUGGAGCUGGUGAUAAAAUCGGAGUUCAAAGUGAACUAUACAAAGCACCAAGCAAGAUGAGCAACACCUCAUUCUUGUCAGAAAAUGAAGACGAAAGCGAGGAAGAUAUCGAAGUUGGUGGAGACAAACAAGCUGAAAGAACUAGGAAAGAAGAUCAGACUGGAGAAAAGAGUGGUAAAAGCAAAAAAGGCCAAAGAACAGAAAAAAAAAGUGGAGAUGACCCCAAGGACGACGAGUUGCCUUUGGCUUUGCAAAGAGUGAUGACGAGAACAGCAAACUUGCGAGAGUACUAUCGCAGCUGA